GACUCUCCCCGCGUUCUGUUCAUAGUAUGUAUGCGUGGGAAUUCAAAACUAAUUCACCACGUCUGCUGGAGUACGUCUAUAAAUUCGUCUAUCUUAAUCGUCGACGAGCCUUUCUGUCGGCGUGGCCUCACCAGUCGAACUUCAUGAGAGUUUCAUGAGUAUGAGUGGGAGUAUUCCUCAUGUGGCCUCUCCUCGUCGUCUAAUUCUGUUGAGAUAGGCAACCAGGAACCCGUCCCCCUUGCCAUCUAUCAUGGUUGGCGUCUGGUUUCGAGACUGCAUGGUUGCUCUUGCGCGUCACGGUAUGGGCAACUUCCUCGAAUGAGUUUGAAUACCCUGCAGCGGAGCUCCGUGUCACCGUAACCGCGAGUCGCCUUUCAUCUUUACCCGACGAUGUCGGUCUCAUGCUGUCAUGUGAAUGUGAAUGCAUCAUGGAUUGAAACCUUGCCUCUGGCAGGGAAGGUGAUCCAUAUCCCUCUACAUACAUAUAUUCUGGGUGCCUUGUCAAUGGAGGCAUUGAGCCCUCCUAGUAUGUUGAACCUUAUACAGGAAGGGCAGAUUGAAGGUUACCUGUUGUGGACAUGGGACGCUACUCUGGCCACGGCAGACGAGGCGCGGAUGUUUAGUGGACGCCGUUUCUCAGUAAAUGAUUUCGUAUAUUUGCUAGCUCGGACAGCAUCGGGAGGAUACAUUCUAUCUGCGCUUGGUUUCUUAGGUAACUCCAUGUUUCCAAUCAUCGCUAUGACCUGUGCUGUUCAAAGAAUGAUUACUUACGCAGUUGCAUCCGGUGCCAAUUGUCGCACUGUCAUGACAGCGACGACAUGGUUCGAGGCACUACCAACAAUAUUGAACUCCUUGCUGUUUCUCAUCCGAAUCAGAGGUGUUUUCUUUACAUCGCGCUGGAUAACCAUUGUCUUCAGCCUUUUAUGGUUAUCCACGUUCAGUGCAAUCAUUAGUCCACUUCGUGCUGACUUGCGAGUCUCUGGGAUCGUGCCGAUCCGCCAUAUAGGCGACAUGAAACCGUGGAUCUCAACGGGUCUUAUUACUGUUGCGAUUUUUGACACCGCUGUGUUCGUGGCGAUUUCCAUACGGCUGCUUCAUUAUGGAAUGGCCAAGAUCUGGAGAGAACGAUUAAGGUCUUUUGUUAAUGGGCAAGGCAUGGGUAUGCUCGCCAGAGCAUUAUUGCAAACGGGACAGCUUUAUUACCUGUGACUAUUCUGAAUGACUCUCACAACA